AUGGAUGCAAUCAGACCCAUCACUCUGAAAUCAUCGGCUGGUCAUAUAUACAUUCUGGCAGCCACGGAUUCCUUCUCAAAGUGGGCAAAGGCGAUACCGCUCAAAGAAAUAAAGAAAGAGAAUAUUGUGGACUUCAUUACGGGAAGCAUUAUACAGCGCUAUGGUAUACCACGGUGCAUCAUCACAGACAACGCCAAGUACUUCUCGAAUACUGCAACAGAAAAGUUAAGCAAAAAAUUCCACUUCAAGCUUCACUUCUCUUCAAUGUACAAUGCUCCGGCAAAUGGUUCGGCAGAAGCAUUCAACAAAACGCUUUGUAACAUUCUGAAGAAAACUGUCAGCAAGAAGCAGAUGGAUUGGCACGAGAAAUUGGGCGAAGCUCUAUGGGCUUAUAAAACGACGUAUCGGACGGCCACAAAUGCUACACCUUAUUCUAUCGUCUACUAUGUCGAAGCCUGUUACCAUUAG